AUGUCGCUUUCAGAGGCACUCUUGUCGCGGGCCCAGGCCAACAGCUCCCUGCUGGCCGAAAAGGGAGGCUCCUCAGCUUUCCACGGUGGCCCAAAAGGCGGGCUCGCUGCUUUCCUAGCCAGGUCGAGGACGACCCCCGCCGGUGCCGGCACUAACACCACCAGCAAGGGCCAAGGUCUGACUUCCGUACAGAUAGCCUCAUUCCAUGCGCACAAGACCUUGCCGCCCGUCAACUACGCCUCGCAGGCCACCACUCAACUCGUCCGUUCGGUCCGACAGCUUCUCUCGUCCAAUGCGUCCAACUCGACCGCGACCGCCUCGAGGCCGCCUCUCGAGCAUCUCUACAGCAUCACCAACACGCUUAUCAUCCACUCUUCACGUCAGACCCUCGAUGACCUCUACGAUACGAUCAGGAUCGAGUUUGAACGUGCUGCUGGAAGCUUUGCGACCGCGCUGCACAGCUCCGGUUCCGCCAACGAGUCGCUGGCAUCCAAGGCUACAUGGCUGACGCAGCUCCAGUCCAUCUGGUCCAACUGGUGCGAGAAUCUAGCAUUGGUGCGAGACGUCUUGCUGCCCUUAGACCGCUACUUCCUCCAAACCCUCGCAUCUACUACGGCGUCGGAACAGAGCAAGCUGCCCAUCUGGGAUCUGGGCCUCGACAUUUUCGGUCACCGUAUCCUCAAAGAUGCCACGCUGGCUAGCAUGAUCCUCACUCGUAUCGUGGCUGCUAUCGAUGGCGAACGCCAGCAGAGCAUCUCCUACCGAGAGUUGCACGCUUCCGUCGCGGACAUGUUCCGCCAGCUCAAGGCAGAGAGCGUGCUCGACGAAGCCAUUGCCACCGCCACCGUCUCCUUCUACCAAGCAGAAUCUACUGCCGCCAUCGCGGAGCUCUCACCGACCGACUACGUCGAGUACGCCGAUCGUCGCAUCCACGAAGAGCAGCAGCGCAGCGAGUGGGCUUUGCUCACCCAGGACGGACGCGCUGCCAACGUGGCUGCGGCGCGCAAGCAGCUCGUCACGGAGCAUGCCGACAAGAUCCUCGCCGGCUUGCCCGAUCUCAUCACCGCCAAGCAGCUCAGUGGACUCGCCAAGAUCUAUCAGCUGGUCAAGAGUAUCGACCGCCUUUCGGACCUGCGCAAGGCCUUUGCAGAAUACAUCAAGACCCACGGCGCCUCGAUCGUCAACGACCGUGCUAGAGACGACGACAUGAUCGAGAGGCUGCUCGAAUUCAAGUCGUUCAUCGAUGCGAUCGUCUCAACCGGCUUCCAGCGCGACGGCGACUUUGUCCAUGCGCAGAAGGAUAGCUUCGAGGUGUUUGUCAACAAGCGCGAGAACAAGCCUGCCGAGCUCAUAGCCAAGUUCCUCGAUGCCAAGCUACGCAGCGGCAACAAGACCAUGACGGAUCAGGAGCUGGAGCACAACCUCGACGAAGCGCUCAUCCUCUUCCGAUACACGCACGCCAAGGACAUGUUUGAGGAGUUCUACAAGCGUCACUUUGCCAAACGUCUGCUGCUCAACCGCUCGGCUUCGUCGGAUGCGGAGCGCAGCAUGUUGCUCAAGCUCAAGGAGGAGUGCGGUCCUGAAUUUACUGCCAAGCUGGAGACCAUGAUCAAGGAUGUCGACGUUUCCAAGGAUCUCAUGGACGAGUUUGAGCGCUUUGCGACCAAGCAGCGCAAGGACCAAGGCUCGCUCAGCGACGACUUUGACCUCAGCGUGAGCGUGCUGACCCAAGCGCACUGGCCGACGUACCCCAACAUCGAGGUGACGCUGCCGACGGAGCUUGCUGCCGCCGCCGAACGCUUCGAAGCGUUCUACCAGAAGCGUAACAGCGGUCGGCGUCUGCACUGGCAGCACUCGCUGGGCACGCUCUCGAUCACGACGCAAUUCGACAAGGCGGGCGUCAAGGAGCUCCAAGUCAGUACAUUCCAAGCGAUUGUCCUUCUGCUGUUCAACAGCCUCUCGGCAGGGGAGAAGCUCAGCUACGUCGACAUUCGCACACAGACGGGUCUCAACGAUCAGGAGCUCAAGCGUACGUUGCAGAGUCUUGCCUGCGGCCAGAUCCCGACGCGUGUGCUCCGCAAACAUCCGCAAGGCAAAGAAGUCAACGACGACGACGAGUUUGUCUUCAACGACCACUUCAAGAACGAACGCCACCGGAUCCGCAUCAACCAGAUCCAGAUGAAGGAGACAGCGGAAGAGCAAAAGUCGACCGAGCAGCGCGUGUUCUUGGAUCGAGAGCUCAUCCUGCAGGCGGCGGCGGUGCGCGUGCUCAAGGCCAAGAAGACGAUCAAGCAUUCGGAGCUGGUCAACGAGGUGGUGGAGCAGAUCAAGAGCCGCUUCACCAUCGAGCGCGCCGAGAUCAAGAAGGUGUUUGACAUCUUGAUUGAGAAGGAGUACAUGGAGCGCGUCGAGGGCGAGCGAGCGACGUACCGCUACCUUGCGUAG